CUAUGGAUGUUAUGUAUAUUCGAGUGUCAUGUCAUUAAGAUAAGGAUUUAAAUUUCGCGGAAUGCUCGUUUGUUUCUCUUUUUUUGUCAGCGGUAAACAAUGAAUCAUUAUUGUGGCUUGAUAUUUAAAACAGGAGUUGACAUUGACAUUGUGUACUAAAGUUAGACUUUCUUUAUCAUUUAAAGAAAGCGUAAUCCUGAUUUAGCGACAUUUUAUCAAAUUAAACUUUCAAGAUCUAUGUAUGUAAAUAAUGUUACAAGUUGUAAGGACAUGAUUUUACAGCAUUGUGAAUUGUCAUGUUGAAGUUAGGAAUCUGUUUCAUUUUCAAAUUAUAAACAUUCUUUGUCAGUGAAAUAUUUUAUGACAGAGCUAACAAUUUAUUGGAUAUUUAUGUGAUUUGAAGUAAACAAAUAGAUUUUGUUCAGAAAAAUCAUUUUUCAAAGGGAGAUAAUUUGGAUAUCACCUUCAAGUGUAAUUGUGUUACAGCAGAGAAAUUGGCAGUUUUAAAGAUGAUAUGCAGUCUACCAUAUAUAUAUGUAAUAUUUUUGAUUCUUUAAGACAGAAACCUUUAUCAUCUGGAAUUUGUGAAAUUAGGAAAGCCAGUAAACCAUUAAGUCUUAUACGGCUGAACCAACGAAAAAUGGAAAAAAAAUGAACAACACUUAGAACAGAUAGCUUAGAGAGUUUCUUUAACAUUAGAUUUUGUCAAUACAAAGGUAGUAAGUUAUAUACCGACACUAAGGGACUGUGAUAUGAUGUAUAUUUCCUGGAUGUAAUAAAAUCCAGCUUGCAUAUGUAAUGCGAAAAGUAAAAGAAGCCAUCAGAUCUAUGGCGAAAUUUGAGCGAAACAUGUAGAAAAUUGCAAUAUCAGGGUUAAAGAAGCAGUCAGCAGAAGACAGUUUAUUACGGCAGUGUUUAUCUCAAAAAUUGGAUUUUUGUUUUUUUGUUGUGAUUCAUACCUCGAAAUAUACUGGCCUAAGGAUUUUGGUAAUAAAAAAAAAGUGCUUAAAGAAUUUUGGACAAUCAAUGAUAAAGCCUUCUUACAUGAGCUGAGUGGGAUAUUGUUAAAGUUUGAAAAUAUAAAUAGUAAGGACAAUGUUGAAGUCUGUAAGGUUUUCGUUACAUCGUAGCAACGUUAGUUUGCAGAGUGGAAGUGAUUGUGACAAUAUCUCCAUUGACGACGACGGAUACUUUUCCGCGCCAGUUAAAUACUUUGAACAUGAUUCCAUACGAGGGAGGUUGCGGAGAAUCCUCAUACGGAAUUCCACAGCGCGUCUGGCUUUCACGGUGUUUGACGUCAUUGCGAAGAGCCUGGUGUGUAUACUCUACUUCGUACGAGUCAUUCUUGAUGAUAUGUCAACGUACGAGUGUUCUGGCGAUCCGUGCCAAGUUGUCAACGGCACAAAACAAUCUUCAGGUUCAUCUAAGGUCAACUGGCAUGUGAUGUUAUGGGUCCAUCGUCCAAUGUGGCUGUGGGUCAUGCAAGUUGUCCUCUCCGUGAUAACGUUCGUCAAGGGUCUAUUAAAAAUUUACAUCGCUAAGGGUAAUAGAAGUGAGCAGUUUCUACAAGCCAACUUCAUCCUGGAGGUGUUCAGCUCCGUCCCUUUUAUUGUGACACUGUGCUAUCCUCCGCUGCUACAGAACCUUUUUGUACCGUCAUUUCUAUCAUGUUGGCUUGUGAAGAAAGCUCUUGAUAGAUUACUGAAUGACCUGCAUCGUACUAGACAGCGAUUCCAGACUAUUUCUGUGACACUCUCUCAACAGUGUCUGAUUCUCAUCGCCACGCUUUUCUGUAUGAUCUUUACCACGAUCUGUGGUAUACAGCACAUCCAGCGAGCCAGUGCUGAGGUUCAACUCAACAUGUUCGACGCAGUGUAUUUUGUGAUAGUAACGUUCUCAACUGUGGGUUACGGGGACAUAUCGCCCGAUAUCUGGCCGUCGCAAGUGUUCAUGAUCCUAAUGAUCUGUAUAGCAUUUGCCUUUAUUCCGAUGCAGAUCCAGAUGAUAGCCUCCACGAUCGCGGAGCGUAUGAAGUUUGGCAGUGAAUACAGUGAACGACGCGCGGCAGGGUGUAAACAUGUGGUCGUUGUCUCGCGUACCCUACAGACAGACACUGUCAUGGACUUCUUGCUCGAGUUUUAUGCUCAUCCAAAACUAGAGGAACAUGUUGUGGUCUUGAUGGCCUCGGAACUAAUGGAUGUGAACAUGCAAGUGAUCCUGAAGGACCCAAAAUGGUCGCAGCGCGUCGUGUACAUGCGGGGAUCCGUUCUCAAAGAUACGGACCUGAAACGGUGUCGUAUAGCCAGCGCAGAGGCCUGCUUUAUUCUCGCACCUCGUUACAUCAAAGACAGGACACAAGCUGACCAGCACACGAUAUUGAGGUCAUGGGCUGUGAAGGACUUUGCUCCAAAGUGUAAACAGUACAUCCAGCUUUUUAAACCGGAGAACAAAAUCCACGUCAAGUUUGCAGAACAUGUCGUUUGUGAAGAUGAAUUCAAAUAUGCGUUAUUGGCGAACAACUGUCUGUAUCCUGGAUUAUCUACCCUUGUAUCGCUGCUGGUUCACACGUCUGGCGGAUUGUAUGGGAAAGGUUCGAUAGAAGGAACCAUUCGCAGUGACAUUGUUCGUAAAUAUCAUAUCAGUGAAGGCGAGCUGGCAACAGACCAAUGGCAGCAGACAUACGGUCGUCACUCUGGUAACGAGAUCUACCACAUACAGCUGGAGCGGAGUCUCUUUUUCAGCAGUUAUGUGGGAAAAUCUUUCACUACGGCUUCUGCUGAGGCGCAUCAGAGGUUUGGCAUAUCGCUUGUGGCCAUACUUGACACAACUGUUGACGAGCCUCAUCUCCAACUCAACCCCGGGCCCAGCUACAUACUCAAGGGCUCCGAUUUCUGUUUCUACAUGAGCGUGACCAAGGAGGAAUAUGCAAAAAUACAGCCGGACGCACUCAGGCAAGACGAUACCAAGUCUACACGAGCAAAAAAUAUGGAGCGAAUGGCAGCAGAACUUCAGCGGAUGUUGGACUCGGAGGAUGAAGAUGAGGAUUACGGUGAAGAAGAGAGCGUGUUCAACACCAUCACCAUACAACAGGGUUACGAGUUAGCUAACAGGGUGAAGAGGGCCACGUACACUACUGGGGAGAAGUCCGACUCUUCCUCAUCUCUUCCAUCACCUUCACAGGACAUGCACCACCAGGCUGUGAUCAACAACUUCAAGAAAAGCCCCACCAAGUCACCCAAUGCCAAUGGAGACACGAAGGCAAAAUUCCACAUUGACCCAACUGACCAGUUUGACCAUAUAGAUGGCACAGGUCCUCCUGACCGCUCACAGGUCCUGGAACAAUACCUGGACAUGAACCAAGAUGAGUUUACCUCCCCUUCUCACAGUUAUGUGAGCAGUGAGGAUGAAGAUCCAUUUAAAAAGGAGAGAAUUCAACAAGUUCUUCCAAAUAAUGAUUUGUCUCCCUUUGAGUUUGUUACGGGGCCACCCCCUGUGACCCUCUAUGUUGGCUCAAAAAGGGCCAUCUGUCACCUGAUGAGGGAGCGGAGACCCCUGUGCUGCCUGGAGUGGGGCGUGAAAUGUUCGCACUGUACAUAUAAGAACACCAACGACGAACGCUGGACGAACCAGCUGAUCAUUCUUGCAGCAGAACACGCGUGUAAUGGCAUCUACAACUUUAUAGUGCCGUUGAGGUCACAAUUUAUCGGCAUGAAGUCGCUGUGUCCCAUAAUUCUUCUAUUGGAGGAAACGCCGGACGUAAUAUUUCAGGAAACAAUCUCAUAUUUCCCUCUUGUCUACUGGAUGCUGGGAUCUAUAUCGAGUGUGGAUGACCUAUUGAAGGCAGGAAUCAACAAAGCGUCACAUCUUGUGGUCGUAAACAAGGAGCAGAGUGAAAAUGAGAGCGAGGACACGCUGGCCGACUCCGAGACCAUUGUUGCCGUGCAAACCAUAUUCAAGCUGUUCCCGAAUGCCAACAUUAUUACGGAGCUAAACCAGGCAUCGAACAUGCGGUUCAUGCAUUUCCGCGCCCAUGACGAAUACUCACAGAAAAUCUCUGACCUAGAAAGGAAACUGAAGUCAAGCAUGACGUCAAACUUGAGCCAUAUAUUCCGUCUGCCAUUUGCUGCAGGCCAGGUGUUCAGUGCCAGUAUGUUAGACACACUGCUUUAUCAGACAUUUGUAAAAGGAUACCUCAUCACUUUUGUACGCCUUUUGCUUGGAAUUGACGCUGAGGAAAACUCUGGACAUCUUUCCAGUAUCCGAAUCAAGCGGACUACCCUUGCACGCUACCGCACAUACGGAGAACUAUACCACGCUCUGUGUUCAACAACGGGAGAAGUCCCGAUUGCUCUGUACCGAACUGAUAACCAGUCAGCAAUCAAAUCAGCCAGUCCAACCUCUCCUACACCACCGAACAACAACACAGAGCAGGCCAAUGGCAAGAAGCUGACGCAUCACCGUGAGCCGAAGAAAGUGAACAGCCAGCUGAACAUUCAGAAACACUGGAAUACUCAGAAUCCGGAGCGCGAGGACAUCUCUGAUCUCAUACGGAACAGAAUGAAGAGUCUCGACCUCACUAUUGAUGACUACUGUUCUAUGGAAUAUAAGAAGAAUGACAUUUGUUAUGUGAUCCUUAACCCUUCCCCGAAGAGAAAACUACGCACUGGUGACCUUGUCUACGUGAUUCAGCCCAGCUCUAUGUACGCCAUUCCAAGUCGUAUCACCCGGCUAAAGCAAAACCGACGUAACUGGACACCUCCGUUAAAACGCUCUGGUUCCGACACAAACAUUACACUGAAAUUCCCGGACGAUGCCAACUUCAGUAGAGAUCGCACAAGCUCAUUGUCGGAUCGGAAACCUAAGAAAAGGUUUGUGCCGGUGCAUGAAUCCAAGUUGACGUGUAAUAGCUCACCAGACAUUACCACCUCUAAGUUCUGAUGCGCAUUGUGGUAUACCAGUGCUUUCACUACCCUAGAAAACCACCAAAUUUUACACACUGCUGCAAAGUAAACACAAAAUCUGGAUUUAAAAAGAAAAUGCGUAUGUCGCAAAGUGGUGAAAGGCUUUAUUUUACACUCUCCUUAUAUCACAAACAAUAAUUGAAUUUCCCAAACAGAAGUUUAUUUUAUGAAAUAUUUUUUUUCACAAAAUGGAUUAAACUAACUGCUUACCGUAUUUUAUAAAGAGCUGAUCAUUUUUAUAAACAGCUGAUUUUUAUGAAUUGCCUAUUUCACAACUGCUGAUUUUAUGAAUUGCUUAUUGCACAAACUGCUGAUUUUAUGAAUUGCUUAUUGCACAAACUGCUGAUUUUAUAAAAUGCUUAUUUCACAAACUGCUGAUUUUAUGAAUUGCUAAUUUCACAAACUGAUGAUUUUAUUGUUCAGUGUUGUACAAACUGCUGCAAGGUUUUUGUCUUCGCAUCUGGAGAAUUUUACCUGAUUCCUAAGCUUACUUUUCAAAAAGUAUCCCUGUUGCGCUAGUAAAUUCAUUCAUAGAAAUGGAAUCCAUUACCAUAAUAUUAAUUAUAAAUCUGCCAUUGAUAUAUAUUGCAAAAUAGGAUUGUCCGUAUUUUAGCUUUUUGACUUCACAUCAAAACAAGUACUAUGUAUCUUUGCACAGUGUUAGAUGAUGACACACAGUGUUAGAUGAUGACAUCAGAGGAAAUAUUAAAAUUAAUAACAAUGUUGAAACUGCUCUUCUAAAUGAUUUUAGAUGCUUUUACUGUAGAAUUGUUUUUAUUUGGAACAGUACUGCUGCCAUGUUUGUCUUUGUAAUUCCACUUUUAUUUGUUUUCUUUAGAUUCUCAGCUGCAUUAAAUCUUGUUUUUUUUCUUGGCAAUUUGCAAGUUCUUCACAUAGCAUGAACACGUGUCAGGGCUUAAACAUUGAAUAAAAAAUACAAAUGUGAGAAUCUAAAUACAUGCUUGUUUGUUUGUAGUUUUCAUGUACAUUAGAAUUAUGUACCAUUUAUUGUGUAAAAGGGACCAAUGAUUUUUGACGGGACCAAAAGAUAUAUUUUACUGUGAUUAAUGUUUGUUACUGUUGAUAAGACAUAGUUGAUAACAUGUGUUUGUUAGCAUGGAUAACAUGUGUUAUUUGUUUGUUAAAUAUUGAUGUUUUCACAGUGCUCUGUGUUUGGUAUUAACUUUUAUGAUUAUGUAUGAGGUUUCCACUUUUUGUCAUAAAAUUGUAAAUAUCCCAGGAAUUUCAUAUCCUUCAUUUCAGGAAAAAAAUAUGUUGUAAUAUUUUUGGGCAUCAAAUAUGUUGUAAUAUUUUUGGGCAUCAAAUAUGUUGUAAUAUUUUUGGGCAUCAAAUAUAAAAGCAUUGAAAUGAUAUUCUCUGUUUAUAGGAGACUUAGUAAUUGUUUAUUAUGAAGCAGUAGGACUCGUUGAAGAUGUUCUCUUAAACUUUGACAAACAAGGAAUAUUUUUUCUGCUUACUAUUGCUGUGUUGUAAAUACUGUUGUUUACUUGUUAGUGUAUAUUUUUGAAUUUGUUUAUGUUCAAAUUCGCCAUGUGUUCAUAUAUCCUUUAUUUUAAUUAUAUAUAUUUUCUGUAUGAUAUGAUAUGAUAUGUAUAUAUGUUAAGCGAUGUCACCAUGAUAACUGUGUCAGCACAUAUCGAACAAAAUCAAAUACCUCAGCUCCUACAUUUCUUGUAUCUUGGUCCAUCCUUAAAGAUUGUGUGUGUGUGUGUGUGUGCGUGCGUGCGUGCGUGCGUGUGUGUGUGUGUGUGCUGUCAUCCUAAGACCUUUUCAAAGUUCAUGCAAUUUUAGACUUCUUUUUUAUUGAGUUGGGAAAUAGCCCUUGGAUUAAGCCAGGUUUGUUUAGUGUGAAGUUGUCACUGAGUCAUAAAAAAUAUUUUCUGAACUAAAAGUUUGAGUCUGGUCAUGUCAAACACAUUUUUUAAGGAUGGCCGAAGAUGUGUCUCUUGAUUUGUUUUCAGAAAUCUAAAAAAAAUUAUGAACUGUAAUUCUGCGAUGUUUUUGUCUUGUUUUGUGCAUUUAUAUUUGCUUCACUCAAUUUCAGAGUCACUAUCACUGGUCCGAGACUUACAACUCCCUGGGUUGUAACUAAAAAUAAAUCACAUUAAAUUAUUUAUAUUAUAAUUUCAAUAUGUGCAUUGAUGGGAGUUUUCUUUAAAAGAAAAAUCUCUAUGGUUACUCAUUGUCGAAUCUCAUUUAGUUCAUGACUGCUGCAACAUAGUUUUCAUCAGGUGUAACGAAAACAGAUUGUUUUUUUCCGGUUUCCCCACCCGACUCUAAAUUUGCUUUAUUUUUCACUCAUUUUUGGUACAUGGUUUUGGGCAGGGCCUAAAAAACAACAACAUUUGUUUUGGGUUACUCGACCCUACCUACGAAACAGGCGCCGACCUUACUGUUUUUAUAGAUGGGGGGGGGGGGUCAGUGAAAUCGGAAAGAAGCAAUUCUAUUUUUACUUUAUUGUAUUUAGAUUUAAAUAUUCAAUCAGAUUUUAAAUACUCUGUUUUAGAGGCCAAAUUAUGUAUCUUUGUUUAAAACAAAUACUUAUUGGCAUUAAACUAUAUUUAACAUGUAACAAGUGUUUAUGUUGAUUCAUCAAUACCAUAUUGUUUGGAAAGCUAUGAAAAGUCUGAUACAUUUCUCUCUUCUUAAAUAAGUGUUCAUGCCACAGUGAGGAAAAAAACAUUAUUUGAAAAAAAAAAAAAAAGUUAGUACUUCCUGUUUUAACCAAUAAUUUACAUAUUUUAUCAAUUUUACAACAAUACAUUAUUUGAAGGAAACACACGCAUAUAGACAGUUAUUUUGAUUGACUCCAUCAUUCAAAGCUCAUUGUCUUUUUGUCCUAGUAUAACAAUAUUAUGGUAUAUUUCAAUUAUCACAUACAUGUAUUGCGUUUUACUCAGAAGAUGUUUAGUGCCACAAUCUAUAGGCAUUUGUGUAGCGUAUAGUAGACAUUCUUUUGGCAUUGUUUAGUGGAUGCCUACAUUCUGUACUGAGAAUUCUGUUAUGUGUAACACAAGUUAUAACCUAAACUGAAGAUUGAAUAACUACUCAACCUAUCAACAUAUAGUGAUUUAUAAUAGAUCUAUGGGACUUUUUUGCACAAAGAUAUUGGUUGAAACCAUGGUAAGUUUAAAAUUUAGAUAUGCGAACCUAUGCAUUGGCAUUUACAGCCUGUGUUCAGGGACAUAGGCAACUUUCAGUGACAACACUAAAUUAUUUGUAGGCUCUGUGCAAGACUGCUGAUUUCAUCCAUGUUGUGCUAAGUCCUCAAAUUACGAAGUUGGCCAAAAGAAGGUUCCUUUUUACAUGACUGUAAAUCUUAAUAUUUUAAGUACUUCAAUAAUAAAAAAUGCCUAAUUCCACUAAAAUUCCUCAAAUCCACCAUAAGCACUGAAUAAAAUUUGUUUUUUAAAGGAAAAUGUGUAAAUUUAGCCAUUUAAGUUGAUUUUUUUUUUUAAAUAUUUUACAGUAGAGAAGUUCACAAUAAUUAUACAGCAUUGUCAUGAGAUCGCCCCUUUUAAGGAUAAAAUCCCCCUUCUAUCCAUGUUCAAUCCUCCUCUUGAAUAAUCUAUGUUCCAAAUAAUGGUUGUUUUGAAGUACAAAGUGGCCUUCCUGCUCAAUUUGUUCUUAUCAGUGGCUGUUUUAAAUUAUAUAAUCCUUCUUUAAACACACACUAUAGUCCCACCAGUGACUGUUUUAAUUACAUAAUCCCUUAUAAAGCACAAUCUAUGUACACACCUUGUUGUUUUUUAUGUAUAUAGCCUCUAUUCAAGCUCAAUCUUUUCCCACCAAUGGCUGUUUUGAAGGUUUAAUUUUUUUUCCACCAAUGGCUGUUUUGAAAUAUAAAAUCCCCCUUUAAGCACAACCUAUCUUUCAAUCCAAUGGUUGUUUUGAAGUACAAAAUCCCUCUUUAAACUCAAUCUAUGUUUCAAUCAAUGACUGUAUUCGCCUGAACUAAAGUGUUGUUGUUUUUUUGGUUUAUUUGUAUCAAAGGGAAUCUUUUCAGGUAAAAUCACAUUCCUUUCUGUUUAAAUGCUAUAACUAUUUACUCGUGGGUACACUACAUACAUGUACAAUGUUCUGUUUCUUGGUUAUUUUAGUUUUGUUUAAGGUACAUUUUUUAUUCACGUAUUUUGAUGGUUUUAGUUUUUUGGUUAUCUGUAUGCCUCGUUCUAUUGAUAAUAUGUAUGUUUCUGAAGAGUUUCGAACAUAUUCUUGCCAUGCAUUUCAAGUCAGCAUUUAGUUAUGUAUUUUCAACUUAUGGAAAGUCGCAUUUGAGUUUUACUAUUUACUUUACAGCGGUUACUUCCUUUUGUCAUACAGUUCACUGCCACUACGCAUGUCAUGUGAUAAUGAUCAAUAUCAUGUGACGUCAUGCAAACAGUUAAGAUUUGCGUUCGUUGAAGUUAUUUUUUGUGUGUUUUUACUAAUUUUUAAAACAAUUUUAUUUAAAGGAACUUUACUUCAAUAGUGCAUAAAAUUUAGUAUUUGUAAAAAAAACUUCCCCAAAAGUAUAUACUGUAGCCGAAAUCCAUCUAUUUUCGUAGUGGCGGCACAUAUAUGUGAUUUCAAAGUAACCAAGAUACCUUGAUUAUGAAUAAGUACAGUACUAAUAUUUUAUAUUUUUAAAACAUUUGUCAUUUGAAGGUGUUGUUUAUUGUCAAUGUACACUUAAAGUGUUGUUGUCAACACAAUUGUAUCAUAUAUUGUUAAAUAGAAUAAAAUGAUGUGACCAUGUCA